CAUUUUCACAAUUUUCUAGCGGCAUUUUUUGUUAAUCAUUUAUUAAGAAAAGUUUUGGCUGCAUAUACAGGUGAAAAACGCUAAUAUUAAAUACUAAUAACGGCCCAAAACAAAAACACUUUGAAGUCUAAACAAAUAUCUCAACAACCCACCGAAAUGGCGACAAAAAUAUUUGUGGGUAACCUCCCGCCCGGCACAAAGCCUGAGGAAUUACGACGUUUAUUUGAAGAUUAUGGUGUCGUGGUGGAAUGUGAUGUUAUGAAUCGGUGUGGAUUUGUGCACAUGGAAACAAAAGAAAUGGCCAACACAGCGAUUACUGCACUACAUGCCUCCGAAUUCAAAGGACAAAUGAUUGUUGUAGAGCUGGGUCGGCCGAAAGAUAGGAAAGCAAAUGCAGACAAUGGACGAGGGGGAAAUAUAAGGUCACGCGGUACAGCGCGUGCCGGAGGCGGUAGGAAUUCCGGACCAGGAAAUCGUGGUGGCAGACCAGGAGGAAGGGAUAGUGAUAUGAAUGAUGGUGGCAAUAAUAGACAAAACUUUGGUAAUAAUUCCGGACGUGGCGCACCAAAAAAUAAAUUUAAUCAAAGUAGCGGUGCUAUACGUAAUGAUCACUUCAAGCCACAGCGUAACAUGCCUUAUAAUCGAAGAAAUGAUGGUCCGGGUGGAAAUUCGACCGACGGUGGCGGAAUGUUUGGUGGUAAUCAAAGAGGCAGCUUUAAUAGUGGUAAUGCCAGCGGCUCGAGAGGUUUCGAUCGUGGUGUAAAUGAUGGUGGACAGCAAAAUUUCCAUAACUGGGACAAACAAACGUUUGAUGGGAACAGUCAUUUUGGUGGCAUGAACAAUUUCAAUGACAAUGAGGGAUAUGGCAACAAUUCGGGCGGAGGUUAUGGCGGUAAUAAGGGUUUUGGAGGUCAGGGUCAGGAUAGAAGAGGUUUCGCCUUACCUAUGGGCGGACGUGGGGGUGGUGGUCAACGCUUUGGUAAUGGUAAUACUGGUUUUGCUGGUGGUAAUUCUCUUGGUACAUUUGGUGGAAGUGGAAUGCAAAAUAAUGCUGGCCCAACAAAUAACACCACCGAUGGUCUUUUUAGUCGAAGAAAUAACAACGGUUCAAAUGGUUUUAGCCAUGGAAAUAAUAUGCCGGCUCGUAGUGGAUUUCAUGGCGGUUUUGGCAAUGGUCAAGGUGAUGGCAACGCAAAUAGUGGCGGUCGCGGCGGAUUUAGGCGUGAUGGUGGAGGCAACAAUGAAAGAUUUUCUGCGCAAAAUAAUUACAGUAGUAAUUUCCCACCACUUGGAGCACAGGGAUUCGGUGGCCGCGGAGGUGAUGCGCGUGCCGGUCGAGGUGGUGGAAAUCAACGCAAUGGCCCACGUCAAAAUGCGAUGCCCUAUCAACGUUUUUGAAAAUAACCCCUAGUAAGCGAGUUCACCAAUCCGUUUAUCUGAGUAGAUAAUGUGGAAUUCGUGUAUUACAGUUAGACUAACUAUAUGAAUAGGCAAUUCAUAACGAGCGCACAUGUGCGAGAACUUUACUACGAAAAGUUGAUGUGUGAUUCGAAAACAAACUAAAUUUCACGGAGUCAUGUAAACUACUUCAGUUUUAUAAUAAUUAACAAUCAACAAAUAUUAGUCUAUAAGCAACGCAAGGUCGUCAAUAUUUUGUAUAUACUAACUAUCAAAUGUAAAGUACAUAGCAUAUUCUAAAUAUAGAACAAAAUAAUUAAAUAGGAAAAUUACAAAUUUACGGACAAAUUACGCAGAUCACUUUUUCAACUACUCAAUAAAAUAUUGCAAAUGGCAAGAAGAUUUUAAACGAAAUUAACCUACAAUCACGCCGUACAUAACGUAGCGUAACAGAUUCUAUGUGUGAAAAUACAUUACAUUUACCUGACCGAAUAUUGAUAUGUUUAUU